CCUGACUGACGCCUCUGGAGCCGCUGUCUCGGUCCCGCCGCCGCCCGGCCGACCCUGCAGCUACCGCGCAACCGGAGUGCGCGGGGGGCACGCGUGGCACCUCGCGGACAGAGUAAGCUGGCUCCACUUUCCAAGAGCUUUGGAAGACGUCAGCCCAUCUCCCAAUUUGAAUCGGACCCCACUGCUUCCAGAAGGAAAGGCAAGCUUGUUCCUAUGACAUCCGCGGACAGGUACUUGCCGCCGACCUGCCCAGGGCCCUGCAAGCCUUGAAAGGUCUCAUCCUCUUUCCCCGUGCAGCAGCCUGAGCUCUGCCUCCUAUGCACCCCAGCACCCCCAUCAGCUCCCUCUUCUCCUUCACCAGCCCCGCAGUGAAGCGGCUGCUGGGCUGGAAGCAGGGAGAUGAAGAGGAGAAGUGGGCAGAGAAGGCGGUGGACUCUUUGGUGAAGAAGUUAAAGAAGAAGAAAGGUGCCAUGGAUGAACUGGAGAGGGCGCUGAGCUGCCCGGGUCAGCCUAGCAAGUGUGUCACCAUCCCACGGUCCCUCGAUGGACGCCUCCAGGUGUCCCACCGAAAGGGGCUGCCCCACGUCAUCUACUGCCGCGUGUGGCGCUGGCCAGACCUACAGUCCCAUCAUGAGCUGAAGCCCUUGGAGUGCUGUGAGUUCCCGUUCGGCUCCAAGCAGAAGGAGGUCUGCAUCAACCCAUACCAUUACCGCAGAGUGGAGACCCCAGUUCUGCCUCCAGUGCUGGUACCAAGACACAGCGAGUACAACCCUCAGCUCAGCCUCCUGGCCAAGUUCCGAAGUGCCUCGCUGCACAGCGAACCCCUCAUGCCGCACAACGCCACUUACCCUGACUCUUUCCAGCAGUCACUCUGUCCCGCACCUCCCUCCUCGCCAGGCCACGUGUUUCCGCAGUCUCCAUGCCCCACCAGCUACCCGCAUUCCCCCGGAAGUCCUUCCGAGUCAGACAGUCCCUAUCAACACUCAGACUUCCGGCCAGUUUGCUACGAGGAACCCCAGCACUGGUGUUCUGUUGCCUACUACGAACUAAACAACCGGGUCGGAGAGACUUUCCAGGCGUCCUCGCGGAGCGUGCUCAUAGACGGCUUCACCGACCCUUCCAAUAACAGGAAUAGGUUCUGCCUUGGGCUUCUCUCAAAUGUAAACAGAAACUCGACCAUAGAAAACACCAGGAGGCACAUUGGAAAGGGUGUGCAUUUGUACUACGUUGGGGGCGAGGUGUAUGCGGAGUGCGUGAGCGACAGCAGCAUCUUUGUCCAGAGCCGGAACUGCAACUACCAGCACGGCUUCCACCCGGCCACCGUCUGCAAGAUCCCCAGCGGCUGCAGCCUCAAGGUCUUCAACAACCAGCUCUUCGCCCAGCUGCUCGCCCAGUCCGUGCACCACGGCUUUGAAGUGGUGUAUGAGCUGACGAAGAUGUGCACGAUUCGGAUGAGCUUUGUGAAGGGCUGGGGAGCAGAGUAUCAUCGCCAGGAUGUCACGAGCACCCCCUGCUGGAUCGAGAUCCAUCUUCAUGGACCGCUGCAGUGGUUGGAUAAGGUGCUCACUCAGAUGGGCUCCCCACACAACCCUAUCUCUUCAGUGUCUUAAGUCACAUCGUCAGCCACGUUGCCACAGAACAGACUCGGGCAGGGGCUUCCAUCGUGGCAAUCGCAGCUAAUGCAGGGUUCCGGAUGCCGAUGUAAAUACACGUGUAACGCAUCCGAGUCACGUUUAUAUUACCGUUUGUUUUGUGCUACCUACUUAAAACCUGGGGCCAGGCCAGUGCAGUGUGGUCGAAGAAGCGUGGUUUCUCUCUGAUCAGGGAGCCAAGUCUUCUGUGAGAGGGAAACAGCACGGGAGGGCGUCGGCAGAACCCAAGGCCACCGAGUCAGCUCGUCACUCCACAGGAGGUUGUGCCCCACAUGGAAAACACAAAGCUGCUUACACAGAAGGAAUAGGAGCACUAGAGCAAAAUCAGUCACACACAAGUGGUUUUAAAAAGACCCUACUUGCACUGCGAAUGGCAAGAAAGAAAACCAAGCUUGUCCAGGGACCUGUGAGAUAAAGCCACAGAAACUUUAUCUCCGAAGCUGAAAUACACAUAGCCAGGUACUGUGCUGACAUCAGGUACAUUCAACCAGAUCUAAACUGUGAUCGGAGAGGGGGAAACUGUGAAGCUUGGAGUCAGGUGGCCUCAAUCUAACACUGUUAAAACAAGCAAGCAGGCAG